AUGGAACAUCUGUUUCUUUACUGCCCGGUGGCUAGGGCUCUGUGGGACUAUUCUGGGCUGGAUUACGUGAGGGAAGGGUUGCCUUGUCACACAUUCCCGUUGUUUCUCAAGAAGCUGAUGGCUUUGGUUCACCAGGCUCAAUUAUUCAUGGCGGUGGUUGCUGUCCUUUGGCGGAUUUGGCGUUCUCGUAACUGGGUGGUCUUCGAAGGUAAACAGUUUGGGUUCCCAGCUUUGAUGCGACAGUUUCAUCAGCAAUAUGAGGAAUGGGUACGGCUUCCAGUGGACAAGGGCUUCCAGUCUGUGGUCCCUCGGGGGUCAUUUGAGGAUGGAGGAGUCCGAGGGGGUCGUUUGUAUGUGGGAUGGGGCGAUUCGGCCGGGGUCGCAUUCGGCUGGAGGGAUAGUCCUGCUAUCCCCUGCUAG